AUGUCUGCGUAUGCGAAAAGCGUAACCCCCGACACCAGCGCGGUCCCAGGCGACCCUCGCACAGCAAAGAGCCGGGUCCUCGAGACCGGAGCAGCCAUGGUGCAAGACUUCACGCCCGUCAAGCAGAUCUGCGCGCACCUGAAUGCAUUCCACAUCUACGCCGAGGACCCGACUCGAUGUGUCGAGGCGAACCACUACUGCACACACCUGACGGAGGAUACCCGCCAAUGCCUCAUCUACGACUCACCCAAGACCAACGCCCGCCUCAUAGGCAUCGAGUACAUGGUCUCGCCGCGGGUAUUCGCCACACUGCCCGCCGACGAGCGGCGACUGUGGCACACGCACGAGUUCGAGGUCAAGAGCGGCAUGCUCAUCAUGCCGGCGCCGACGGGCGUGCCCACCGCUGCGUGGGAGGCCGCCGAGACCGCCGAGAUGGAGGACAUUGCCCCGAUCUAUGGCAAGACCUAUCACUUCUGGCAGGUUGACCGCGGCGACCCUGUGCCUAUGGGCCCGCCGCAGCUGAUGGGCAGUUUCACAUCGGCGGAGAGUGUGGACGUGGCGCGGCCUGGUGGUGGGUUGAAGGCGUUGUUGGGGGAUCGUGAUGAGAGGUUUGGGGUUGAUCAUGGCCGGAAGGCGAAGAAGAGGGAGGGAAUUGGGGCGGUUGAGAAGCAUCCUGGUAGGUCUUGCCCCCGUGAUUUGUGGCCCUCGAACCUCCAAGCCUCGAAGCAGCUCCAACCUCGCUACCCAAUGGAACACCUAUUCCGGUCAGCGCUUCGGCACAGCAGCGCCAGCGCCAUCGCCCGACUGGCGCUCAACGGUGCCGGCGUGUUCUGCGCCUGCACGCUGGUGUGGGAGCACCUGGUGACCGUCCAGCUCAGCGAAGGCCCGUCCAUGUACCCGACCUUCAGCCCGCGCGGCGACUACCUGCUUAUCUCGCGCAUUCACCGAAACGGGCAUGGGAUCGGGGUCGGCGAUGUGGUGCGAUUCAACCAUCCGACGUUUCUGGGCGUGCACGGUGCCAAGCGGGUCUUGGGCAUGCCCGGGGAUUUUGUCUGUCGGGAUCAGCCGUUUAGUAUGGAGGUUGGAAAGGAGCCGGAUAUGAUCCAGGUUCCCGAAGGCCAUGUCUUUCUUGCCGGCGAUAACCUUCCCUGGUCGAGAGAUUCGAGAAACUACGGCCCCGUGCCCAUGGGGCUGAUCAAUGGCAAAAUCGUUGCGCGGGUUUGGCCGCCGUCGAAAAUGGAAUGGGUGCGCAACACGAUGCAGCCGGCGCAAUUGGAUGUUUAA